AUGCUGGUGGCGCUGGUGGCGCUGGUGGCCGCGGUGGCCGCGGGGGGGGACGCGGGGGUCCCGCCGAGCCCCCCCCCGUGCCCGCUGGGCUUCGGGCCGGUGCCCGCGGGGGGCUGCGGGGACAGGGACGAAUGUCGCACGGCCGCCGUGUGCCACCACAUGUGCCUCAACCACCACGGCGGCUUCGCCUGUCAUUGUCACCGCGGCUUCGUCCUGCAGCCCGACGGGGGACACCGGGGACAGCCCGAGGGGACGCGGCGCGGUUGGAGCGCCCGGGACCGGGAGGGGACGGGAGGAGGAGGAGAAGCCUCGCCCCGGGAUUUGGCACCGGAGCGGCCCCGGGACCUGCGGGAGGAUUCGGACCGGGAUCAGAACCGGGAUCAGAACCGGGAUCCGGCACCGGGAAGGCGCCGGGAGCCGCGGCCGGGGCAGAACCGGGAUUGGAACCGGGAUCUGAAUCAAGAUUGGAACCGGGAUUUGCACCGGGAUCUGAAUCAGGAUUCGGACCGGGAUUUGUACCCGGAUUUCCACCGGGAUUCCCAGGAGGAGCUGGACCGGGAUUCGAACCGGGAUUCGGACCGGGAUUUGGACCGGGAUUUGGACCGGGAUUCGGACCGGGAUUUGGACCGGGAUUCCGACCGGGAUUCCGACCGGGAUUCCCAGGAGGAUCUGCCCCAGGAGCGGCACUGGGAGUCGCAAGGGGAUUGGAACCGGGAUUGGAACCGGGAUUGGAGCCGGGAUUGGAGCCGGGAUUUGGAUCGGGAUCCCCAGCAGGAUCUGGACCGGGAUGUGCCCGAGGAUCCGAACCGGGAUUCGGGCCGGGAUUUGGACCGGGAUUGGAACCGGGAUUCGGGCCGGGAUUCCCACCAGGAGCUCCAUGAGCAUUCCCAGCCCGGUUGGCCGCGGGAUUUGCACCGGGAUUCACCCGAGGAUUCCCGGCAGGAUUUGUCCCCGGGGGAGCACCGGGAUUUGAACCGGGAUUGGAACCGGGAUUGGAACCGGGAUUUGAAUCGGGAUUUGUGGCCAGGGCGGGGCUCGCACGAGGAUUCCCACCGGGAUUCCCACCAGGACCGGGAUUCCCGGGAGGAUUUUCAGCGGGAUUUGCACCGGGAUUCGCGCUGGGAUCGGGGGUUGGGACCGCCCCGGCACCGGGAGUGGCACCGGGACCCCCACGAGGGGUCCCACCGGGAUUUUAACCUGGAUUUUGUCCCGGAUUCCCACCGGGAUUUUAACCAGGAUUUUGUCCCGGAUUUUGUCCCGGAUUCCCACCGCGAUUCUCACCCGGCCCCCGCCCCCUACGAGGACCCCGAGCCCCCCUAUAGGGACGGGGACCCCGAUCCUUACGGGGACCCCUAUGGGGACACCUAUGGGGACCCCUAUAGGGACCCUCCCCCCCCUUUUGGGGCUGGGGACCUCGGGGAGGGUCCCUGGGACCCCGAAACGGAGCCCUGGGACCCCGACAUUUAUGGGGACCCCUACGGGGACCCCUACGAGGAUGAGGAGUCCUGGGAGACCCCCCUGGACCCCCAGAGGGACCCCGAGCCCGGGAGCCUCCGGAGGGGCCGGGACCCCCAAACGCGGCCCUGGGACCCCCAUGGGGACCCGCAAAACAGAACCUGGGACCCCUAUGGGGAUGGGGACCCCCAAACCCGGCCCUGGGACCCCUACGGGGACCCCUAUGAGGAUGGGGAUCCCCAGAGGUCGAGGACCCCCCAGUUGCCCCAGUGA